GCGUUGGAAUGCGGCCUAUACAUAUCUGUCUGAGUACGUAGGUACAUGCGACGGAAUCGUAAAUAAAUUGAAUGGAUAGGUACUACAUUUCGCCUUCACUGUUGCUUGGCUCGGUUUUGUAGUUCGCACUGUGAAUCGUAGGCACCCGUCGGCGGUUCGGUGUGUUUGCCAGGCCACGGUAUGUAAUGUAAACAUUGUGGUCAAGAGGAAUGCAUUUAGACGGUAGGUGCUGGUAGUGAAUAUUAUCAUGAGCGGUGAUAACGUGGCGAUGGGCGCCCGCGGCUCAGUCAGCGACGCGGGCUCGCGUGGUGCGGUCGCGUACUUUGUACGUAUUGGCGGGAAAGUGACGUGCGGAACUGUUCGCGCUCGCGUACGCGCCGCAUUCCAUCGUGGGGGCCCUUCGCCGCCAUUGGCCGAUCCCGCGUGACGUCACACCUCGUAAUGAGGUAUUCAACAUGGCCGUGUAGCUAGUUCGCGAGUGUGCUUCGUUAUUCGUUUGAAUGGAUUUAAUCAGUGAAAUAUGCCAAGGAGACGAAACGGUGAGAUACCCUUGCCCGACGGAUGGGAUUAUGCGAGGGACUUUGAUGGAAAGUUAUAUUUCAUCGACCACAACAGUAGAAAAACGACGUGGAUCGACCCGCGAGACAGAUAUACAAAGCCACAGUCGUUCGCGGAUUGCAUCGGAAAUGAGCUGCCUCUCGGUUGGGAGGAGGCCUACGAUCCUCAGAUUGGGCCAUACUACAUCAACCAUGUCAAUCAGGUGACGCAGAUAGAAGACCCGAGGUUAGAAUGGCUGAGCAUCCAGGAGGCUAUGCUGAGGGAGUACCUCCACACUGCACAGGAGGCUCUCGAGGCAAAACGGGAGAUGUACGAUGUAAAAAAGCAGAGGUUAUGCCUCGCACAGGACGAGUACAAGCAUUUAAACAAUGCUCUGUCUACCCUCGCCGCUUCCAGAACGAGUCUAUGUUCAUCGACGACUUCGAUGACGACGACGUCGACAACAUCUCGUCAUGACCCCGAAGUGUUGCGGGCGGAGGUGUCACAGGCGCGCGGCAGGGUCGCUCAGCUCCGAAAGGAGCUAAGGCAAGCGCGCGCUGAAGUCGCCAGUGCACGACGCGGUGUGGAUACACUCGCUGAAGUGGAACAAAAAUUAAGCUCUCAACAGGGCUGCUACAACAUAACAGAGGCUCAAGCUAUUAUGACGGAACUGAAGAACAUACAAAAAUCCUUAACCUCGGGUGAGAAAGAGAAGGCAGAUCUCAUGCAGUCUCUCGCCAAGCUUAAAGAUGAUCUAACUCGUCUUCAACUGGGCGAAGCUUCCCCUGAUUUGUCAACAUUAAGUCUUCCUCAGGAGAAGUUAAGUACAGCAUCCCAAACGGAUCUGUGCGCCGAUUUAGUACCCAUAGGUACCAGGCUAGCAGAAAUGGCGCGGGUUCGCCUACAAUACGAUGAAGCUAGAAAAAGAAUACAACAGAUACAGCAACAGCUAGCCGAUUUAGAGGACAAAGUACAACCUGGACAAGCUGAAUCGGACAAAGACCGUCUCCUACUCUUUCAAGAAAAGGAGCAGUUGCUAAGAGAACUUAGAAGUAUAACUCCUCGGACUAGAUCUAAACAAGAAAUGACUGAUAUACAAAUUGAAUGUAAAAAGUUGGAGCAAGACUUGAAAAAUGCCUUUGAAAUGUCGAAUAAAUGUAUAGCGGAUAGAUUAAAGCUUCACGAAGAGAAACAAUUACUUCUUCAACAGUUAAAAGACGCGUUGACCUCUAUGACAACAUUGGAAGGUCAACUAAAGACUUUGUCAGCUAGUACCUUGUCAGUGUCGAGUAGUUCCAGUUUAGGUUCUUUAUCAACUGCAAGUAGCAAAGGGUCAUUAAGUUCCGGAAUCAGUUUCACUGAUAUAUACGGAGGGCCGCAGAUCGCGAGCUCGUUACAAACUGACAAACCAAUCGAUAUGGUUGAUCUUCAUCGGAGAGUUGAAAGACUUCUACGUGGUACCAGCUACCCUUGCGGCAGCGUGACGCCGGCUGGCAGCUCUGCCUCGCAGCCUUCCCUCUCUCCUCGCAGCAGUCUGUCCUCCGCCAGCCCGCCACCGCCGCCCUCAUACACACAGGUCGAAAGACAAAGGCGACAGCAGCGAGAGCUGGAGGAAAAGCUGGCGGAGAUGAGAAUAGGUGUCGCCACAGGAUUGAACGAGGUCACAGGACAUGCCACCAUCCCAGUACAGCUGCAAGGCCCAGGUCGGCCUGGAGAACCACUGUCCCCCAUAUCGGAGACACCCCCACCACCGCUCUCCCCCAGAACUCCCUCUUCUAGUGGUACAAAUACUAGAUCAGUGUCAGCGGCAGUGAGUGACGAGUCAGUGGCGGGUGACUCCGGAGUGUUUGAGGCUGCACAAGGCGGAGACGCUUCCAACGCCGUGAACAGUGCACAAAUUGAAAUCAAAUUGCGCUACUGUCCGGACGAGAGCGCGCUGGAGAUCGGCAUUUUGAGAGCUCGCAACCUUCACGCUCUAUACAUUGAUAUGGGCACUGAAGUUGCUGUCCGUGGCGCGUUAGUGGUGGGUGGGGGAGGGGGCGUGGCUUUUGGUACUGCUGGACUGGCAUGGCGCGGAGCUACACUGGCCUGGCGCAAGCUGCAGCAUGCUGCAGUGGGACCUCGUGCUCUCCGAGCUGCCACAUUGCAGCUCAACCUCACAGCUGGCACAGAGUGUCUCGGUUGUGCACAAGUCAGCCUAGCAGAUUUCGACGCGGAUACAGUAUCUCAGAAGUGGUACAAUGUACUCAGCUUCCGUAGUAUGAGACGAGAUGAGAGCUCAGAUGAGUCGACUGUCAUCUCCUCGCAGACAUCUACUCUAACUAGAAAUAGAGGUCCCGAGAGUAUGACUGGUGCGGAGUGCAAUGUGGAUUGUGGAGAUAACUCUGCCUCAGAGGAUGAUGAAUCCAGAGAACCAUUGAAUCAGAUAGUGGAAGAAGAUUCCUUCGAGGAUUACAUUCCUGAGGAGGAUAUCGCAUUGGAAGAGGAAUUCCUUCACCCUACCACGGCAGAGAAAGAGACAAAUACAGAAUGCAACUUCUGCCCGGAGGGAGCAAGACAAUUACAUAGACGAAAAAGUCAACAAGCGAAUGCGAGCAGUGAAGAACGUUUAGCAACAAUAAAACGAUCUCAGACGUUUUCACCACAACCGCAGAGCAUCGGCAAAGGACAUUAUAUUUGCAGACUGAACCGUUCCGAGUCUGACUCGUCAAUGGCGCAGUACGCUCGGCGCAGCUCUCUGCAGCCUCCUGCUGGUAUACCCUUUGACAGGAGUGUGCGCGAGCGCAGAUCUCUCAGAUGGGGUCGUGUGCGAGGUGCGCGUGUGUCUCGUGGCGGAGGUCGAGGAGUACGUACAUCACUGGACCUGACACUGGACCUGCGCGCGCAGCAUGCUCGUCUCGCAGAUCUCAGAGCUGAGAUCUCAACAUUGGCACAACUCAAAAAGAGGCUGGAGGAGGCGUGUAGUGGUGGAGACGCAGGUGUGGCGAGGUGGGCGGCGAAGGAUGAGGCGCUGCGGAGGCUGGUGACACCUGCAGACCCUCCACGUCUACUGCACAAGACCGCACGCGAGAUAUACCGCCUGCGCCGCGCCAAGAGACCUGAUCUUGUCACUUUUAAAGAAAAGAUGGCAUUCUUCACACGAACAAAGAGUGUCAUCCCGAUCCCGCCUGAUGAAGAGGGUGACCUCUCCGGGGAGGAGUGGGAAGGUGACCUUGAAGAGAGACGGACCCCAGACGGCAGGUCGUCUAAGACCUCGUACGAACUGAGAAGAGAACCAAACCAGACCUCGGAUGUUAACGAGCAGGUGGUCGAAUGCAAGAACCCCUGUUUGAACCCUGAACCUCACUUCGAGAAUAUUCCAGCAGAAAAACUGAAUAUUACAGAAGAGAAGGAAAAAGAAGAAGUUAGAUAUGAUUUCGUUGUUGAUAGAGUGCUUGGGGUUCAGGUCUGAGUGAGGAAGAAAGUUGUGAGUCGUUAUUGUCUAUUCUUUAUACAAUAGACCCAUAGUUUAUGGUCUUUUAUUUACAAUU